CAGCACCAAUGCUGACGGUUUCACUACAAUGCAGAACAACAUCAGGUGGAGCAGAAAUGGCAGCGCGCUCAGCAGUGACAUGCUGCUCAGUUUACCUCACAGCAGUUCUGCUGUGCUACGUUUGUGCAAAAGAGGAAAAGAAAAUUGUAAAAGCAAGAGAGAGAACGAAUGUCACGCUGCAGCCGGUAGAAAGCCAACACAACGCCCGGGUUGUGUGGACCUUCGGAGUUGAAAGCCCAAACAUCCGAAUAGCAUCAGCAAACCUGCGUAAAGAAGUGAAAUGUGACUAUGAGGAGAAGUUCAGAGCCAGACUUCUUCUUGACAGCCUCACCGGAGCUCUGACCGUCUCACAGCUGGAAACCAGCGACUCAGGCGUUUACCAGUUCCAGUCCAUCAGCAGCAAAAUCCUGAGCAGAGAUUUCCAUCUGACUGUCUACAGUUUCCUGCCUGCGCCGUCCAUUACCGUCAGGUCAUCUGUCGUUAACAGCAGCUCUGCUUCAGUCACCGUGGAGUGUUCAGUCCAGAACAGCAGGGAGCUGAAGCUCUCCUGGUACCGAGGGACGGAGAGACUGAAGCAAACCAGCAGUCCCAGUCUGCCCACUAUGCUGACGCUCUCUCUGGAGGUAGACGCCCCUGAUGGAGACGACUACAGCUGUGUGGCCGAAAACCCUGUAGAGAGGCAAACCACCAAACUGCUUACGAAGGACGUUCAGCUGGGAAAUGCAGAAAACAGCAGCUGGUGUCAGAAUGAAGCCACCGUCAGGCUGAUCGUUUCUGCAGGAAUUGCCUUGGUUUUGAUUCUUCUUCUGGUUGACUACAUCAGGUUCUGAGGAUGAACCAUGAACUAACGGCAUGGAAACCCAACACUCGCUGGUUCUCACACUGGAGCAGAGACAGUUCAUGCAUUCAAAGCUUGGUGAACUACAGUUUUUGUGUUAAAAGAAUCUAAGAAACAAACCCUGAGAGCACAAAUUACCACAGCAAAGUCUGUGAUGAACUGGACCCAGUACUGAUGCUCGACUGAAUGUAAGAAUGUAAUGGAUCUGCGAGUAAAGUUUUCACAUUCCCUGCGAUAUG